GGUAUAUUCCAGAGAACAAGUCUCUAAACAUCUUUGCCAUAUUGAUUCUGAGUUGUCUGGGGACUCAGGCUUAUGAGGAGGUUCUGUCACAAAAAGCAGUGUCUAGUGAAGACGACAAGAAAGAGAGGAAAGGAUCGGAAAAAGAAGCUGAAGUACUAUAGAAAAUCAUGAGAUCUAUUAGAUCUUUUGCCAAUGAUGAUCGCCAUGUAAUGGUGAAACAUUCAACAAUUUACCCAUCUCCGGAGGAACUUGAAGCCGUUCAGAAUAUGGUGUCUACUGUUGAAUGUGCUCUUAAACAUGUCUCAGACUGGCUGGAUGAGACAAACAAAGGCACGAAACCAGAGGGCGAGACAGAAGUGAAGAAAGAUGAGGCUGUAGAAAACUAUUCCAAAGAUCAAGGUGGUCGGACAUUGUGUGGUGUAAUGAGAAUUGGCCUGGUGGCAAAAGGCUUGCUGAUUAAAGAUGAUAUGGACUUGGAGUUGGUUUUAAUGUGCAAAGACAAACCCACAGAAACCCUAUUAAAUACAGUCAAAGACAACCUUCCUAUUCAGAUUCAGAAACUCACAGAAGAGAAAUAUCAAGUGGAACAAUGUGUAAAUGAAGCAUCUAUUAUAAUUCGGAAUACAAAAGAACCCACGCUAACUUUGAAGGUGAUACUUACCUCUCCUCUAAUUAGGGACGAUUUGGAGAAAAAGGAUGGAGAAAAUGUUGCGAUGAAAGAUCCUCCGGACUUAUUGGACAGGCAGAAAUGCCUGAAUGCCUUGGCGUCGCUUCGACAUGCCAAAUGGUUUCAGGCAAGGGCAAAUGGAUUAAAAUCAUGUGUAAUUGUCCUCCGCAUUCUGCGUGAUUUGUGCAACAGAGUUCCCACAUGGGCACCAUUAAAAGGAUGGCCACUAGAGCUUAUAUGUGAAAAGUCUAUAGGUACUUGUAAUAGACCUUUGGGCGCUGGGGAGGCCUUGAGACGAGUAAUGGAGUGUUUGGCAUCUGGAAUACUACUUCCUGGAGGUCCUGGUCUUCAUGACCCUUGUGAACGAGAUCCAACAGAUGCUCUGAGCUAUAUGACCGUUCAGCAAAAAGAAGAUAUUACCCACAGUGCACAGCAUGCACUCAGGUUAUCAGCCUUUGGUCAAAUUUAUAAAGUGCUGGAGAUGGACCCCCUUCCAUCUAGUAAGCCUUUUCAGAAAUAUUCCUGGUCAGUCACUGAUAAAGAAGGUUCUGGGUCUUCAGCUCUAAAGAGGCCGUUUGAGGAUGGAUUAGGGGAUGAUAAAGAUCCAAACAAGAAGAUGAAACGCAACUUAAGGAAAAUCCUGGACAGUAAAGCAAUAGACCUUAUGAAUGCACUAAUGAGGUUAAAUCAGAUCAGGCCUGGACUUCAGUAUAAACUGUUAUCUCAGUCUGGCCCUGUUCAUGCCCCCGUUUUCACCAUGUCUGUAGAUGUGGAUGGGACAACAUAUGAAGCCUCAGGACCAUCUAAGAAGACAGCAAAACUUCAUGUAGCAGUUAAGGUAUUGCAGGCAAUGGGAUAUCCAACAGGCUUUGAUGCAGAUAUUGAAUGUAUGAGUUCCGAUGAAAAGUCAGAUAAUGAAGGCAAAAAUGAAACAGUGUCUUCAAACUCAAGCAAUAAUACUGGAAAUUCUACAACUGAAACCUCCAGCACCUUAGAGGUAAGAACUCAGGGCCCUAUCCUCACAGCAAGUGGAAAAAAUCCUGUAAUGGAGCUUAAUGAAAAAAGAAGAGGUCUUAAGUAUGAACUCAUCUCAGAGACGGGUGGAAGCCAUGACAAACGCUUUGUAAUGGAGGUAGAAGUAGAUGGACAAAAAUUCAGAGGCGCAGGUCCAAAUAAGAAAGUGGCAAAGGCAAGUGCAGCUUUAGCCGCCCUUGAAAAGCUCUUUUCUGGACCUAAUGCAGCAAAUAAUAAGAAAAAGAAGAUUAUCCCUCAGGCAAAGGGUGUUGUGAAUACAGCUGUGUCAGCAGCAGUCCAGGCUGUUAGGGGCAGAGGAAGAGGAACACUGACAAGGGGAGCUUUUGUUGGGGCCACGGCUGCUCCUGGCUACAUCGCUCCAGGAUAUGGAACACCAUAUGGUUACAGCACAGCUGCCCCUGCCUAUGGUUUACCCAAGAGAAUGGUUCUGUUGCCCGUUAUGAAAUUCCCAACAUAUCCUGUUCCCCACUACUCAUUCUUUUAGCAAAUGACAGAAGCUAAUUCCUAUUGAGCAACAAUACAGUACCAUACACAAUGUUAGAGUAAAAGCCUUUUUAGCCUGCUUUCUUUGAACACAUACUUGAUCAAAAUUAUUUGUAAAGAACAUCUUUCCUACUUUUUGAUUUUAACAGAUGCAAAUUUAGUUCUUUAAAACUUGAAAACAAAAAAGAAACCAGUUCUGUGAAACGGUACCUCAUUUCUGGAAAAUAACUUAUACCAGCCCUUCUGUUCUAGGGAAAUAAAAGGCUAGCAGUUCAAAGUUUAAAAGUAUCAGAUUAUGUAAAAUUAAAUUUGUGAAGGAUGUAUAGAGUCUCAAACACUGAUCACAAAUAAACUGCUUUGUUGUAACACAG